AGGUUGUCACCUGUGUGCCCACAAAACUUCCCUGACAUAAGCAACAAAUCAGAAGCAUUGAAGCAUAUGCCAGAGGGAAGGUACCAUUACCUCCACCGGUUGUACCCUUAUUUGAGGAACCAAAGUGAAGACUGUCUCUACUUGAAUGUCUAUGCACCACAUGUGGACAUCACUGAUGCACCAGAGGAGCCACCAGAAUCUGAUAGUGGGCACUGGAGCAAAAUCAGAGAUGGCAGCAUUGAACAACCACCAAACUCUCCCCAGUCUCCAUAUUGGCAAGAUCCAUCAUUUCCCAAUGCAUUGCCAAAAGACAAACAAAGACCACAGGAAUCUUCUGACAUGAGCAAUAAGAACCCUGUUAUUGUCUUUUUCCAUGGGGAGUCUUAUGACUGGAAUUCAGGGAACCCUUAUGAUGGCACAGUCCUGUCAUCAUUUGGAAGAGUUGUUGUUAUCACUUUCAACUUCAGACUUGGCAUCUUUGGGUUCUUGAGAACUGGAGUGAAUGCUGGGGCAAAAGCCAACUUUGGACUAUGGGACCAAAUUGCAGCCCUGGAAUGGAUCCAGGAAAACAUCAAGAACUUUGGGGGAGACCCUGGCAAUGUGACUCUACUUGGUCAUGGCACAGGAGCUGCAUGCAUUAAUCUCUUGAUGACAUCAACUGUUGCUCAUCAGAUCAAAGGGCUUUUCCAGAGAGUAGUCUUGAUGAGUGGUUCAGCACUGACACCCUGGGCUCUGGUCCCAGACCCCAUCAGUGUGACAAUGCAAAUUGCCAAUCAAGUGAGUUGCCCUGUGGAAGAACAAAGGAAGGAAGAGUUAGCAGAUUGUUUGAGAACAAGGUCUGUUGAAGAACUCUUGGCAGCAGCUUCAAGGGUCAUGCUUCCAUCUUUUACAACAGCUUUUGGGCCUGUUGUGGAUGGAGUACUUAUUCAAGCUCCACCCAGGAGAAGCAUUCAAAAUUACCUUGACAUGCUCUCAAGGUAUGAUGUCAUGCAAGGUGUUGUUUCUGCAGAAAGCUACUUCAUGUUUGAUGACACUGACAUCAGGUAUGGGAUGGAAGAGAGAAGAAGAGAUAAAAUGGUUGACUCCUUCAUAAAGAGCAAUUAUGUUAUGAAGUCAGAAGAAAUCCUGGCAGCUGUUAUGGUUGAUUAUACAAACUGGAAGAAGAUGGAUGUUGACAGGGACUCAACCAGAGACACAGCAAUGGAUAUUUUCACAGACUCCACUUAUGUAGCAGGUCAAGUUGAAAUGGCAAAUUUCCAUGCUGCAGAGAAUCCAAAAAGUUACUUUUAUGUUUUUGCACAUCAAUCCAAAUUUGGAGACUAUUCAACUAAAUUUGGUUGUAUACAUGGGGAGGAACUACCUUAUCUAUUUGGAGUUCCACUGGAAGGACCAGUUGGAGCCAAUCACUUCCAGAGCAACUUCACUGUACCAGAAAGCUUUUUAUCUCAAAUGUUCAUGGCUUUUGUAACCAACUUUGCCAGGACUGGAGACCCAAAUAUUCCACCAAGAUCUUUGAUUGAUCCUCAAGCUUCAAGAAGACUUGGAGGGAAACCUAAAACAAGGUCCAGGUUGAGGAGUGACAGAGUCAUCUGGCCAAGAUAUUCUCUUCAUUCACAACGUUAUAUGUCAUUGGGUCUGAAUAUGAAUGCCAACAACAUGCACUACAAGUCAAAUGAGAUGGCACUCUGGUUGAAGCUGAUUCCCCAGUUGCUCAGAGCAGGACAACGUCAACACAAAGACCCCUCUUCAUCAUCAGAGGCUGUCCAUUUAUACCCACCCAGGGCCAGAUUCCCUCCUCCUCUGCCCCCUCAACUGCCACCCCCUAUUUUGAGACAUGACCAUGAAGUGACACCUGGAGAGGAUGAAAGGAACCUUCAGUCCAGGUUUGGGUCCCAGAGGGGCCACAACAGAGGUGGCAGGAAUGAAACAGUCACUGCCUGGGUUGGGGGAGGCACUGUCACAGCUUGGAGUUUAGUUGUUGGGGCAGGACUUUGCAUAUUGGUGCUGAAUGCAUGCAUCUUCUUUGGGAUUUACCACCAGAGGGACAAGAUCAAAACCAGGGCUAGGAUGCUGCAGAAGCAAUGUGUUCUCAGGGCAGUCAAUGCAGCCACCUUCACAGAUGCCACAUUGGCUGCCACUUUGGUGGCUGUGAAGGCAGCUGUUGAUGAAAAUGGCGGAAUUGCCUUGGAUGACCUGGAGGCAACCCUUAGAAAGAAUGCC